GUCAACUAUAUACGGCCAAGGUUUCCCAAGUAGUUGAUACUCUGUCUUUUUUUUUUGUAUACUUACUAGAAAUUAAUAAACGAAGAAUUCUAACAUAAUUUUGAAUCGAAUUCCCAAGGUGAAUUAUCUUUUCGUCUUUUCGUUCUCAUUUAUAAAUUACUAGCAAGUACUAAUAAAUCUUUUUGUUAAGGUAUUACGACUGCAUCUUUACGUUUUACAUGUGUUUCUCUUUGUAAUUCUUUUUAUUUAUCUUGUUUUGGGUUUUUGAGUUCUCAGGUCUUUUUGGUAAUAUAUGAAUAUUAUUCUACUUGAUUUAUUCAUUACUUUCCCUUUUAUGACUUAUUUAUAAUCUAUUAUUCACGUCCCCUUUUCUAUAGAAGAUAUUUCACGUGUUCCCCCUUCUUUUUCUUUCUUUUAUUCUUUCUUUGAAUCACAAUUCCGCAAACUCUCAUUUUUCUACUCUUUUCGUUUUGGUUUUGUUCAUUUUCCUCUCUCCUUUGAUGCAAAUUUGAUUAAAACGGAUUUCGUUGAACCUCUUAUGAUUUAUUAACUGUCCGUAAACUUGACUUCCUUAUUAAGCCAUUUUUAUUUAUACUUUAUGUUUUACUGAUUUUAUAGUAUUCGAUUUGAUUUUGUGAAUUUGGGAAAUCAACCACGCUUUAUCGGUUCAAUUCAUAUUGUCGAUUUUUGACGAAUUUUGAUACCCGUUAAAUUCCUUUAAUUUUUUUUUUGUUGGCUCUAAUUGCUUUGUGCUGAAUGGUGAAACGACAUAAAAACACGAUUGGUCUAUGGCGUCUAGGUAAAACUUUGGGAUCUGGUUCGACCAGCUGUGUUCGCCUAGCUAAACAUGUGAAAACUGGAAACCUAGCUGCUGUCAAAAUCCUUCCUAUCAAGUACGUAUCUGUAGGAAUGGAAAUUUUGAUGAUGCGUCUUCUGCACCAUCCCAAUAUCUUGCAGCUGUAUGAUGUUUGGACUGACCAUCAAAACAUGUAUUUAGCUUUAGAAUAUGUUCCCGGCGGGGAACUAUUUGACUACGUCCGCAAACACGGUGCCUUACCAGAAAAAGAGGUAGCCCAUUAUUUAAUACAGCUCUUGGACGCCCUUUCUCACUGCCACCAAUUUCGUUUUCGGCAUCGUGACUUGAAACUAGAGAAUAUACUUAUUAAUCCGUAUGAGCGUGUUUUAAAAAUUGCCGAUUUUGGUAUGGCUACGGUCGAACCAGAUGAUUCUUAUUUAACAAAUUUCUGUGGUUCUUUGCAUUAUUUAGCCCCGGAAAUCGUCUCUCAUACACCUUAUCAAGGUGCUCCCGCCGAUAUAUGGUCUUGUGGUGUCAUUUUUUAUGCUUUGCUUUCUAACAAGUUACCCUUUGGAGGUAUAUCUACCGAUGUUGUUUAUGAUAAAAUAUUAAGUGGAACUUAUGAUUUACCGUGUUCAUGCUCUACAAUUGCCCAGGACUUAUUGCAUAGAAUGUUGGACGUGAAUCCAUCAACCCGCAUCACCAUUCCUGAAAUAUUUAACCAUCCUUAUAUUCAGUCAAAUUUAAAACAGCCCUGCGAACUACGACUGCCGAAGUCCUCUACACCGUAUUCAAUUCUCGAUGUCGAGCCUUUAGUGGUUGAUUGUAUGUGCCUUUUAUGGAAGAAGAAGUCAUCCAAAAGCAUAGUUGCAAAACUACAAAUGCACGAAGAUAAUGACGAGAAAAGAGUGUAUCAUGCUUUGUCGAAGUGCUUAGAAGACGAUAUGCGUAAAAAAAGGCUCUUCGAUAAAAACAAAUAUUUAAGUUUAUACGAUCUCAUUCAUGAUAAGAGCCUUUUUAUGAAAUUAAAUGGAACUACAUUCCAAGAAAACGCUCUGAAGGAGUGUGAAAAGGAUGAUUCUUGUUCUAAAGGCAACUCUAAUAGAGCUGGUAAUAACACUCCUUUUUACCCUACCUCAGAUUCCAAUCAACGGAAUACGGAACAGAAGAGUUUGUCUGGUUUUGAGCAUGUCGAGGAUAAUUCAAAUUUAAUGUACAAAAAUGCACCUCCCAGCUACGAAUAUUACGAUCCCAAUUCAACUCCUGAUCCGAUUGAAGUUCGGUUGCUUUCAAAUUCGGCUUUAGAGCAGGAAGAGUAUUAUCCAUAUAAUCGAUAUGGUUAUACCCGUAUUUUUCCAAAUGUCAGUUUCUAUAACACAAAUGUCGGCUACGAAACGCCCAGCCCUAUUUCUACUCCCGAUUCUUCUCUUGAUGUUAUGCCAGCUGUGGAUGACUCCAAUUUUACACUAGCUCUUUGCCCAUCCGUAAAAAUUCCUGGAAGACCUAUUUCACUGUCAAUGCAGGGCAAGAGGCACUUUUCCUCUGUAAAUGCUCGUUCAGCUUCUGUUCCACUUUGUAAUUCACGUACUUCUACUCAGCGUUGUGGGUCAAGCAAUGCACAGCUUACGCAUCCAUUAGCAAGGACAGAUACCAGCUCUAUAUUUCGCAAGCUUUCUGCCUUUUUCCUUUUUCAAAAGAAACCCAACUCAAUAAAUAAUUGAACCAACAUUUCUAACAAUGUUAAUGACUUUAAAGCUGUUGUUUUUUCUGGUUAUGGGAAGAAUGUUUAUUCUCUACUCUUGUUAUGGUUCGUUUUAGAUCAGAG